UUUAAUUAAAUGUGGAUAAAUCACAGAUUUAUUGAACUAAAAACGAAGGUACAAGGAUAAAGCCAACUCUUACCAGAGGUGAGGAGGAGCAGGGAAAUAAGUAAAAAAACAGAGCAAGCAGAGAAAAAAAACUAAGUAAACGAAAGGAGCCGUCUGGCAUCUCAGACCUACUUAGACAAACGUCGAAAUUCUUUAAUUGUCGCAAUAAAAAUUACUUUAAUGUUACAUAACUUUUCAUUAUUUUCAAUGCUAAUUGAAAAUAACUUUAGUAGCCAAAAGUUCGGAGUCAAGUAGCAUUGGCCUCACUACAAAAAAAAAUGAAUGUAAAACUUUCAAGUAUUUCGCAUUCAAACUUUACUAGAUAUGACUAAUAAACAGAUUUCUUAUUGUGGGUUUGAGUUUAUAACUCACAUCAUGUGUCACUAAAUGAAGGUAUAUGGAUUGGACGUUUAAUUCUCACCCUAUGCACAUAUUCCUUAAUAGGCUCAUAUCCAUUUGACUAACAAUCUUACUGUAUUGGUAAAAAAUAAAAUAAAAUAAAAUAAAAUAAAUAAAAUGAAGCAGGUUUUUCUUUUGCAUUUAAACCCCAACAAGUCCUAGUUGCCGUCUCUGAAUUGGCUUGUAGACAUUUUUUAUAUUUUUUUUUAAAGUUUUUUCUUUUUCAAAAAAGAAGAAAAAAAAGCAGAAUCAUUGGAAACUUGGAGCCCAACUACUAAAUACGAAGUUUGAUGUUAUUCAUCAGUAUAGACUUUAGAUAACAAUCUGAACAUCUAGAACCCUGAUUCACCAUUUUCUACAGUUGACUCUGAACCACAUGAUCUUAUCAUCUCCAUAUUUCUCAAAAACAAAAUAGACUCUGAAACUAGGCUGUUUGAUCCACUUAGAGGCACGUGUAUCAGGUUAAUUACUUGUUUAAUGUGACUAUAAGUAUGAGUAGAUGUAAAGCUAAGUUGAUCCAAAGCCAAAAAUGACCCUCCAAUCUUCUCCUCAAUCUCUCUACCUUCUUGCAUUAAUCACUCUGAGUAGUCUGAACCUUUUGCAUUUGAAAGCUGAAGCUUCAAGCAAAUUGUAUGUUGUGUACUUGGGAGAGAAGCAACAUGAGGAUCCGAAUGUUGUGGCUGCAGAUCACCAUGACAUGCUCACUGCACAGCUGGGAAGCAAGGAGGAAGCUCUGAGUUCCAUUCUCUACAAUUACAAGCAUGGGUUCUCAGGCUUUGCAGCAAUGCUUACAGAAUCUCAGGCAAAAACUAUCGGAGAGUUACCGGAAGUAAUGAGCAUCAGGCCAAGCCGAACCUAUAAAAUUCAAACCACAAGAAGUUGGGACUACCUUGGAUUACACUACAACGAACCAAAAGGACUGCUACAUGACAGUCACCAGGGAGAAGACAUCAUAAUUGGAAUGGUUGAUACUGGGAUAUGGCCAGAGUCUCCGAGCUUCAGCGAUGCUGAUUUGGGGCCAAUACCAUCACGAUGGAAAGGAAUUUGCCAGACUGGACAAGCCUUCAAUAGCAGCAAUUGUAACCGAAAAAUCAUCGGAGCUCGGUGGUACACAAUGGGUGUGGAUCCAGAGCAACUCAAAGAAGAGUACUUAUCUGCCAGAGCCUUCAACAAUCAUGGAACGCACACAGCGUCGACAGCCGCGGGGGUUCUUGUGAGGAACGUGAGCGCGCACGGUCUGGCUGCGGGUGCAGCGCGUGGAGGAGCACCGCGCGCGCGGUUGGCGAUAUACAAAACGUGCUGGGGAAGCAAUGGAGAUUGCUCUGAGGCGGCAGUGUUGAAAGCCAUAGAUGAUGCGAUACACGAUGGGGUUGACGUGCUAUCUUUGUCGAUUGGUCCGGUUGGAGGAAAAGGGUACCUUGAGGGUUCUUUGAAUGCGGUGGCGAAAGGGAUUACUCUUGUUUUUGCAGGCGGGAAUGGGGGUCCAGCUACGCGGAAUUUAAUCAAUGAACUUCCAUGGGUGAUCACUGUGGCGGCUUCCACCAUUGAUCGCUCUUUCCCUACCGUCAUCACUCUCGGAAAUGGUCAGAAGUUGGUGGGUCAAGCAAUCUACUAUCAACCCACAAAUAUCUCCUUCAAGCCAUUAUAUUUUGGAGGAAGUUGCAGUGUUGAUUCUUUAAAUAACACAGAUGUUGUUGGGAGUAUUGUUCUAUGUUCACCUGCGGAGAUUAUUUCAUUCAGUCCGCGAUAUGAUCCUUACAUAGCCGCCAAUAAUGUGAUUAAAGCAAAUGGGGCGGGAAUCAUAUACGCAAUGUACACCACCAACCUACUUUUCUUUUUUGAAAGCUGCAAUAAUUAUCUUGUCAUAUGUGCUAUAGUGGAUUUUGGGAUAGCAAGAGAAAUCCAAAAAUAUGGAAACAUUACCAGUUUGGAAGGUACUAAACCAAUGAUCAAGGUGAGUCUGACAAGAGAUGUUGCUGGGCAAAGAGUUCCUUCACCAAACAUUGCCUUCUUCUCAUCAAGAGGACCAAGUGCCUUAUUCCCGGAGUUACUCCUGCCAGAUAUUGCCGCACCUGGAGUUUCAAUUGUGGCCGCAAUGCGGGACUCUUAUGAUUUUCUAAGUGGAACGUCUGUGGCAUGCCCUCACAUUUCUGGGAUUGUUGCACUUUUGAAGUCACUCCAUCCUUCUUGGUCUCCUGCAGCUAUUAAAUCAGCAUUGGUUACAACCGCAUCAAUCACAAAUGAGCAUGGAUGGCCAAUAGAGGCAGAGGGACUGCCAAGAAAGCUUGCUGACCCUUUUGACUUUGGUGGUGGACAUGUCAACCCCAAUAAAGCAGCUGAUCCAGGUCUCAUCUAUGAUAUUGAUCCAAAAGACUAUCUCAAGUACUUCAAUUGUUCAAUUGGCAUUCCAGAUGCUUGUGAUUCAACAAAGCCUCUGUACUACUUGAAUUUACCAUCUAUCUCCAUUCCUAACCUCAAGUCUACAGUCACUGUUUGGAGAACAGUUACCAAUGUUGGCUCAACUAAUGCCGUAUAUAAAGCUAUCCCUGAGUCACCAGUGGGUGUUGAAAUGGUUGUUGAACCUCCAGUUUUGGUCUUCAAUUGCACUCACAAGGUGCAAACUUUUAAAGUGGAAUUCACGGCCGUAUUUAAGAUGCAAGGAGAUUAUAAAUUUGGUAGCUUGACUUGGUAUGACAAAGAUGAUCACAGAGUUAGGAUUCCAAUUGCUAUUCGGAUUGUGAUCCAGGAUUUCUUUUCUGAUGCUUCCUAAACUAAUUCUGGGCAUGCUUGCUUCCUACUUGUUGAUUGUGUACUAUGCUGCUGAAUAAAGUCUGGAAAUGAAUAAAGUUGUUUAAAUAAUAAGUACUUGGCUUCCAAUUCCACAGAAAUCAUGCUGAAAAUGCCUUUUUGGGAAUCAAAUCUUCGACAUUUCUUGGGAGGAAAAUAAACUAUUAUUCUCCUAUAGCAGGAUGGUUUACGAUGAAAAUGCUUCUGCAAUAAUUAUAUAAUAGUAAUUUUCUUGUAGAGAAAGAAGAUUCAGAAGAUCAGGGACUGAAGACUAUU